AUGACGUGGUGUGUGUUUUGUCAGCAGGGAAGUUAUCAGGAUCAGCCAGGAUCAACAUCUUGCAAGUACUGUCCUAAGGGCACUCAUCAACCUAACCAAGGGGGAAUAACUUGUGAGAUAUGUCCUGUUGGUCAGUUUAGUGCUCUGGCCAACAGUUCGCAAUGUCUUCAAUGUCCUAACGGAACGUAUCAGGAUCAACCCGGAUCUAGCUACUGUGUACCCUGUCCAGCAGGAACAUAUCAGCCUAACGAAGGGAAAAUAACUUGCGAAGUAUGUCCUGUUGGUCAAUAUAAUGAUCUGAAAGGCAAUUCACAGUGUUUUGAAUGUCCUAUAGGAAAAUAUCAGAAUCAAACCGGCUCAAGCCAGUGUGUGUCUUGUCCAAAAGGCACCUAUCAACCUAAAGAAGGGGAAAUAUCUUGUGAGAUAUGUCCUGUUGGUCAGUUCAGUGCUCUGGCCGACAGUUCGCAAUGUCUUCAAUGUCCUAACGGAACGUAUCAGGAUCAACCCGGAUCUAGCUUCUGUGUGCCCUGUCCAGCAGGAACAUAUCAGCCUGACGAAGGAAAAAUAACUUGUGAACUAUGUCCUGUUGGUCAGUUCAGUGCUCUGGCCAAUAGUCCGCGCUCCCUGACAAAAGGAUGUCUUGAAUGUCCUAAUGGAACGUAUCAGGAUCAACCCGGAUCUAGCUUCUGUGUGCCCUGUCCAAAAGGCACUUAUCAGCCUGACGAAGGUACAAUAACGUGUGAAAUCUGUCCUGUUGGUCAGUACAGUCCUCUAACAGGCAAUUUACAAUGUUUUCUAUGUCCAAGCGGAACGUAUCAGGAUCAACCCGGAUCAAGCUACUGUGUAUCCUGUCCAAAAGGCACUUAUCAGCCUUAUCUUGAAAAGGAAACUUAUGGACAGAGUUCUUGUGUUAACUGCAGUGUUGGACAUUAUCAGAAUGGUUCUGGACAGACCUCCUGUUUGGUUUGUUCGGGUGAUACGUUCCAGGAUGAGGUCGGACAAGCCACAUGUAAAGACUGCACGGGAUUCAGCAUGUGUUACAAUAAAGAGAAGACAAUGUGUUACAGUUUAACAACACAGAUCAUGAGUUAUGAAAGUUUUGGGAUUUUCCGGGGAAAUCUUUCACCAACCAACUGUAAACAGCUUUGCUGGUCUGAUGCUAGGUGUGAGGGAUUCACUGUCAGCAGCAUUGAGGAAGUCACUGUCAGCAAGCGUGGGGACGGCAAGAAUAGGGAAACCAUAAGCCAAGAACAAUGUUACACUAGCGACAGCUCUGAUGUAUAUCCAAAUGAAAACUAUACUUCUUAUACAUUCCCUCCAGAAUGUCAUGAAUAG